GAAUUUGUCCCGAGAAUUUAAAUAAUGAUGGCGUAACAUAUCUUAUACUAACCGGUAGAAAAUAAGAGAAACAGUUUGUAUUUGAAAAUAUAUAUAUAUAUAUGGAUAAUACAAGGAUUAAUAACAAUGUUUCAUUUAAUAUAAUCAUUUCUUACGAUUUCAAUUAAUUCGUGAUUUUGAUACGCGAACACGUUAAUGUACUUUAUCCAUGCCCCAUUUUGAUUUUUCCUUUAUAUCAAGGAAACUAAAAGAAAAUUGACGUUUCUACGAUGCUACAUGAGGAAUAUUGUCAAGUGCACGUAUAAUGGUGUUUUUAAACGAACAACGGCACAUUAUACUUUUAUUACUAGAGUGAAAUCAGUCGGUAGUUGACAAGUUUAUCAUUUAUCCUAUUUAUAUUUUUAUCCUAUUAUUCCAAAUUUGCAUAUUUUUAGAUUGCAAAAAUUACUUAAUAUUAUUAUUUAAAUAAUUGUCAAGAAUGGAAGAUCACUCUGCUCGGUCAAGUUGUGGUGCUGGUGGAUUGCACACGCGUCCAAAGUUUCAGCCGGUUCGCGUCAAAGCUUUAUUGAAUUUUAGCGAAAGCGAUGACGAAGAAAGUGAAAACAAAACAAUAAAUUUAGAAAACGAAACAGACCACGAUUCUACCCAAGUUGUAUGUCACAACAAUUUCUACUCCGAACCUAUAUGCCUUUCUGAAAGUAUCCGUGAUCAAUCAAUAGAUGUACACAUGGGUAACAGUACACGGUCCAACUCUUCUUUCAAAGGACUUUUACAAGCUAAUAAUGACUAUGAACCAAAUAGUAGUAUUGGCUCAUCACUGGAAGUCGGUACUAUUCUAUGCGAUAAUGUUAAUAGGACCGAUAACCAGGGAAAAGAAAUUAAUAAGGAAAAUAAUCACGAAGCAAUAUCUUUGGGAAGUACUCGUGUAGAGAAUACCAAAAGCAACGAUUCAUCGAAUAUGACAAGCCAUGGAAAUUUGAUAUUUCAUGAUACGAUAAAAGAUGAAAGAGAUGCUAAUUUCAGACUAAAAUUGUAUCCGAAAAAUGUAUCAGGCAUUAAAGUAGAUGAAAAUGUUCUAGCAAAUAUCUAUGUUGAACGUAUGGAAGAGAAAGUAGGAAAUGCGAUUGCCAAAGAAGAUAUUUAUAGAGAAACGUUUAAUAAUAAGAGUGAAAAUAAAGUAGGUAAAAAUACUGAUUGUGGUAUGGUCUCUAUAUUGAUCAAUGACAAAAAUACAUUGGGAGAUAUCAACCCUACACUUACAAAUUCAUCUAAAUCUAAAUCUCCUAUGGACGAGGAGAAAUACUUGAAAUUUAAUUCGGAAAAUGUUUCUUCUUCCGAGACUCCGACGACGUUUGAUACUAGAUCAUCCGUUCAUUCCGACACGAUCCGUUCCACAUUGUUGCAGAAUAAUGCAAGACAAGUGCCAUUGCAAAGUAGAGGUUUAUCCAUUGUAUCUACGCCAACUCCUACCAAUUCGAUGUUAAUGCAAGUAAUAAGAAAGAAGGAUGAUACGCCUAGGUAUCCUUAUCAACGAGAAAAACGUAUAAGACAACCCCUGGGAAUUACUAUGUGCUUAGAUCAAUUCAAUCCCGUUGAUAACUUGUCUAUCUACUCGACGGAAUCUAAAGUUCGAACAUUAAACAGCAAACAACUGUCGAGAGUAGAAGAAACUGAAAUUGAUAGCAAUAUAGCUGAUACCCCACACGGAGAGAUCAAUUCGGAUGGAAAUUGUAUAAUCAAAGAAAAUACAAAGGAACUAGAGAAUAAGUUUGUACAGACGCUCGUUAGUAGUUCUGCCGAACAGUCGGAAAUUGGACAAAAUGAUGGAAGGAAAAAAAGUAGUCUAAAAGAAAUGAUAUUUGUUUCUAAUAAACAUGCUACAUCCAUCUCUAAAGAAGAAUUUAUGAAUUCGAAAGAACAAAAUAUCGUUUCUAACGAAAAAGAAGUAGAAGAGAAUAUAAAACAAGUCGUAGAUAAAAUAUCUAAUGUGCAAUUUUCGAUACCAUCCAAUUCCUCCUACUCCAUGGAAAGAUAUAAGAAGAUAGUGGUGAAAAAUAAAGAAUAUUUAAUUCUGGGUGCUUUAGGACGCGGCAUGAGCGGAGAAGUUUUACGAGUACAAGACUUGAUGUCGUCCGAAUUACGAGCUAUCAAAUGCGUCAAUUUGAACCGCAUGGAUAAAGAUUCGGCCCAAGGAUGUUUAGAAGAAAUUUCUAUGCUACAUAAACUGCAGGCCUCCUGUAUAGUCAAGAUGUUUGAUUAUGAGAUUAAGUACCCUCUAGUCUAUGUAGUAAUGGAGAUGGGCGAUACCGAUCUUAGUCGUUUAUUAAAACUUACAUCACAGGAAAAACAACUUCCAUUAACAAUGAUUCUUUACUAUUGGACAGAAAUGUUGACGGCUGUUAAACAUAUACAUGACCACGGAGUCAUACAUUCAGAUUUAAAACCAGCUAAUUUUUUAUUAGUAUGCGGUCGUCUGAAAUUAAUAGACUUUGGUAUUGCUUCUAGUAUGAAUGCAGAUAUGACAUCUGUUGUAAAAAGUUGUCCAAUCGGUACUUUAAAUUAUAUUAGUCCGGAAGCUUUAAUGGAUACAGGAGGAAAUGGAGAUUCUCCUAAUCACAAUGUUAAAUAUAAAAUUAGUUACAAAUCAGAUGUGUGGUCCUUAGGAUGUAUUUUAUAUGGUCUUGUAUAUGGACAAACUCCAUUUCAUCACAUACGUUCUCAGUGGGCUAAAGUCAAUGCAAUAACGAAUCCGAAUCCGAAGAUUGCUUUUCCAACGUCUGUUCUUUUGUUUAAUAAGAAAUUUGAGCCACCUCCUAUUUUGAUCGAUGUGAUGCGUAAAUGUCUUCAACACAAUCCUAAAGCUAGACCAACGGUAGCAGAACUCUUACAGAUACAGUAUAUACCUAUCAAACAGGAUGCCAAAUCUCUAUUAUCUAUUCCUCCAGAGAUAUCACCAAGUAUUUUAGUAAAGAUAAAGCAUGCAUUAACUGAAGAAGAAUGGAGAAGACUGACACAGGUCAUAAUACUUAAAUUAUUAUUACUCUGUUUUACAUACAUAUAGAUAUUUUCAUCUAAUACAUUAUUCUACUAUUUGUUGACUACUCUAUCGUACCGUACUAUCAUAUUAA